AUGAAAAUAAUGAUUGACACCGGAGCAACUAACACACUUAUAACACAACAAGCUCUUUCUUCUACUCGCCAUAAGAAAUAUUUUAGUACUUAUUUGUGGAAGUUAUACCAUGCAGAUGGGCAAACACCACUUGAAGUCCUCGGAGUUGUCCAACAUCAAAUUAAAAUUAACUCAACAACUACAGACAUAUCUGCCUACGUUGUAAAACGUCUUUGUUCUCCAUGUCUUCUUGGUCAAGACUACAUCAAUAAAUAUCAAAUGAAAAUUGAUGCAGGAUCGCAAACAAUUACCAUCAUUCAAAAUAAAACAGAAACGACAACCAACAUUAUCAAACGUCAGCGUUCAUUUCGCCUGAUAAAUUCAAUUUCAGAAACCUCUAUCGAUAAUCUUCUCCUACAUCUUAAAGACGACGUACAAAGAUCUACAUUAAAACAAACAUUUCUUCCAUAUGCUAAAAUAUUUGAUAUCUCGAAACCACCCAUUGCGAACACUAUGAUUAAACAUGCAAUCAAUAUAAUAGAGCAUCCACCGCGUUGCUCGAAAUCUUAUCAAUUUUCAUAUGAAGAAAGAGAAGCUUUGUAUAACAUCGUCAAAUCGUUAAUGGAAUCUGGUCAUGUGAGAGAAUCUAAUUCAUCGUAUGCGUCUCCUGCAAUUUUGGUAGAAAAGAAAGAUAAAAGUUGGAGAUUAGUUAUCGAUUAUAAGAAACUUAAUGCCAUCACAAUCAAAGACGAGUUUCUCCUUUCGAACAUGGAGGACACUCUGCAGGAAGUGGGAAACGGAUUUGCAUUCUUUUCAAAACUGGACUUAAAAUCCGGCUUUUGGCAAUUACCGAUUGAUCCAAAAGAUCGUCACAAAAUGGCAUUUAAAACUCCAUUUGGUCUUUUUGCACAUGAGAUCAUUGCUGGUGUUGUGGAAUGCGCGGAAACCAUUUAUUCUGCCGAAGAAAAGAGUGAUGUGGUUCAGCUUAUUGCUAAACGCUCUGGGCUGUCAGAAAAACAGUUUCGGGUGAGUGUAGAAGCCAUCAAUGAUAUUAGCGCAGAUAAUCAAAAAACCAUCAGUCUCAAAGCAUUUUUGCUACAUGAACAAUUUACUGGUCAACAUUUGGAUGUCGUCCUUUCAGCUAUAGGAACAAUAUAUUCCAGUGCAGAUAAACAAAUUGUUUUUACCGAUUUGAUACGUAAUCGUUAUCUGAAAGCCCAACAUUUUCCAUCAAUUUUAGAUGAAAUUGAAGAAAUGAGUGAUGAUUCUCGUAAGAGCAACGUGUUAUGUAAAUUAGCUCCAAGGCUGCCAAAAAAUGAUGCUAAUGUACGGGAAGCAUACCUAAUGGCUGCUGACUCAAUAUAUUCGUCUAAAGAAAAAGCGGCAGCAACGAUGGCGUUUAUGUAA